AUGCUUCUUGGUCUGAGACAACGUGAGAUCUCCGAUUCUCGGAAAAUUUCCAUUAUCGAUUCUUCUGAUGAAAGCGUCGAAGACAAACGGGACAGCGUUGGACUGCUAGUUUGUUCCGAUCCCGACGAUGAUCCCGAGGUGUCUCGAGAGCGAACGACAUCCACAAAUGAUAUUCGCUCCACACAGCCUGAUUGGAGUACUUUGACUGAAGUUAUGGCGAAGCGACGGUUUGCGACGGGUUAA